AUGUCUGGUGUCAAAAGAGAUUAUAAAAGCGAAAGACGUUAUAUUGCAGCCCAAGGUCCACGGAAAAACACAUUGGCAGACUUCAUUAAAAUGAUAUGGCAAGAAAACAUAGAAUGCAUUAUUAUGUUUACAAAUUUAGUUGAAAACGGAAAGAAUAAGUGUGCUAAAUACUGGCCGGAUAAAGAAAAGUCUGUCAAUAUUGGAAAGUGUACUCUUAGUCAUUUAGAAGAAACAGCAUAUGCUUUCUAUACAGUUCGAAUGUUCUCCUUUCAAAAGAAAGACUCACAUGAUAUACGGAUUAUCACCCAGUUCCAUUACACGGCUUGGCCAGACCACAGUACCCCAGAGGAGAUAGGACUUGUUCAGUUUCAGAGAACUGUGACAAAAAGAUAUGAAUCUGGUGCCCCUUUACUGGUUCACUGCAGCGCCGGAGUUGGCAGAACGGGUACAUUUAUUGCUCUGGAUUCUUUACUGGAACAAGGAAAAGAAAUGGGGAGGAUCAACGUUUUUGAGUUUGUCAAACAAAUGAGAGAGGACCGCAUGUCUAUGGUUCAGACAUUGGAGCAGUACGUUUUUCUACAUAAAGCAUUGCUGUGUGGAUUCCAAGAGAGAGACACAAUCCUAUCGGAAUAUGAUCUGUCCACAAAAGCAAGCUUCCUUCUCAAUGACACAGCACCAUUAAAUCAACAACAUUUAUACAAGGACUUUAAAUUCCUUGAAACCAUAAUUCCAGUGUAUGAGGACGAAUAUAAAGAGGAAGCAUUGAAAACUGAGAACAGGUCAAAAAAUGGUGAUAUGGAUAUUUUACCAGUGUCAGAAUAUCGACCAUUUCUUGCAUCAUUUGUGAAAGGAAGAAAUGGAUAUAUAAAUGCAGUGAUAUUUCCGUCAUAUACUGCAGCGGCUGGGCUGAUUAUGACACAGAGCCCCCUCCCUGAUACGGAGGUUGAUCUGUGGAGAUUGUGCGUGGACCAUCAGGUUGGGGCAAUCGUUGUCCUGAAUGACAUUGAUGAGGAUAAUAAUUGGUUGCCCGCAAGAGGUGAGAAUCGUUCAUGCCCACCAUACCUGAUAACAGCUAGAAAGACUGGAACGAACAUUGGUGGCGUCAGUCAAAGUAGUCUGCUUAUUUUACGGGAUGGAGAGACACAAAACAUAACCGCCUUCCAAGUAUGUUCCAGGAAUGAUGACGGAGUGAUCAAAUUGGCCGAGAUGGUGUUAGAAAAAGAAAAGGAAUUUAAGUUAACUUCUGUUGUUAUAAGCAAGGAUGGUGCAGGUGCAGCGGGAGUGUUCUGUGUUUUACAUAACGCCCUUCAACAACUUCGUAUGGACGGAGAGGUUGAUAUAUUUACUAUUGUCCGACAACUGCAUACCAGGAGACCUGAAGCAAUAGCUAAUCUGGAAGAGUAUAGAAAAUGUUAUCAACUAGUUUCUCGAUCCGUUUCAAUGAAUGAAACAUACGCCAAUGUGUGAAGUGUUCAAUGCAGUGUUUAUUUUCGAAACAUGUCUCAGGAUACAUUUAGACACAAAUAAUACAUUCUUGCUCCAAUAUGUAUCCAUGUUCAUUUUUAUGUUCCGAUUAUCCUGUAUUGUUUUUGUUUGAUGUGAAAGUAUGAAUAAUAUUAAUAGAAUUGAUAGUUUGUUAAUCGUUUAAUGUUUAUAACACAAUUGAAAAUAAGAUAUUGGAUCUAUAUUGUUCAAAGCAUGCUUCUCAAAGUGGCCAUGCUAUCACGGGUAUAAUGCAAUAAACAAUGCGGUGAAGGUUAAAUCCCUGCAACUAGAACCAAAGAGAAGGGUAAUUUACACAUUGCUUCUGACGUGCAUUUCUGAAAACUAUGUAAUGUUCUUAAAUAAAUCUUAACAGAAAAAAGGUGGUACAAAACAUUAUAUUAUUUUUCGGAUAGUCAAAUUAAACAACUUAAUAUGUUUUCUUAAGUCAAACUUUGAUUUUUAAUGACCAAUACCAUUGAUUCCAUCUUAAAAAGAUGACUCAUAUAUGUGUAACCCAUAAUUAUUUGAAAAAAAAAACUUGCUUGGUACUCACUGUACUAUCUUACCAACCAAUUAUAUAACUAUACUGGUUCUUCCUGCUUUUAAUAACCAAAGUCAUCGUUUAUUCAGUUUCCAUUUCACCAAUAAACGAAAUGCAUUGUUUCAAACAGACAACUUAUAUAAAUGCCAUACUUUUUUCUUAUUGUUUUCCGUGAUUUUUAUUGCUCUCCUUGACUUUUACGAGUCAGUGUUAGGUAUGGCCCGUUUUCAAUAUUAGAAUAUAUAAAGAAUAAUAUG